AUGGUCAAGAUGAAGGCCAUUGCACGGAGCCAUGUCUGGUGGCCGGGGUUAGACGCCCAGAUUGAACAGCAGGCCAGGACAUGCUCUACGUGUCAACGGAACCAAAAGAACCCGGCGCUCUCCCCACUGCACACCUGGCCGUGGCCGGGAUCUCCAUGGCAACGGAUCCAUGUGGACUUUGCGGGGCCGUUCGAAGGACACAUGUUCUUGGUGGUGGUAGAUGCGUACUCUAAGUGGCCGGAAGUACAGGUGAUGAAAACGACGACGACGGAGAAGACUGUACAGGCCCUGAGGAGUAUGUUUGCCCGCAACGGAGUACCAGAGACACUGGUUAGUGACAAUGGGCCACAAUUCACAGCGGCAGAGUUCGGGGCAUUUCUCGGGGCAUUUCUCCGGGCAAACGGAGUGAAGCACAAAAGGUCAGCGCCGUUUCACCCCGCCACGAACGGUCAAGCAGAGCGUUUUGUGCAGACGCUGAAGCGUUCAUUGAAAGCGUCUAGGGGAACAUUUACGCUGCAACAUCGAGUGGAGGCAUUUUUACUCAGCUACAGGAAUGCGCCUCACAUGACGACGAGUGAGUCUCCGGCUAUGCUCUUCCUGCGCCGUCGGCUCCGCUCUCGCUUGGACCUUGUGAAGCCGAACGUGUCGGCUACGGUGGAGCUGGCGCAGGAGGGCCAACGAGAAUGCAGAGAUCUGGUGGCUAAGGACAGACGGUUUGCAGUGGGGGAGGCCGUGCUGGUGCGUGAUUAUCGACGGGGGGAGGAGAAGUGGAUGCCAGGACUGGUGGCAUCACAAGAGGGACCGGUAUCCUACUCCGUGGAUGUGGGGGCAGGCGCACUCUGGAGACGUCACACAGAGCAGAUGAGAGCCGGUGACCGUGCGCUUUUGGUUCCCACUGGUCCAGAGCAACCAGCUGUGCCGAGUGAACUGACAAUUGGGGCCCAGCCGGUUGCUCCCCCCCCCUUCUCCGGCAAGAGGGGAUGCUCUGGGAACCGGGACAGUCGCCCCCGAGCCAGGAGGGUCACCCAGACGGACAGCGGAUGUUGGCACGCCAGGCCGGAGGUAUCCACUCCGGGUUACCAGAGCUCCAGACCGCCUUAA